AUGGCAACGCUUAUUCCGAUAUCCACCCCUUCUCAGAGUACAAAAAAGGGACAAUUAGAGCAACAGCCGGAUGGAGGCUGGAAUUCAUGGACACCAGAGGAGCAAGGUGGCGUCCUCGCGGCAUCAAUACUGUUAUUCCUAUUUUUCUUCGCAUUGGCUCUCGUAAUCUGUCUCCGUGUCCCAAGCUGGGACCGGGAACGCAGGGCGGUGGAUACGGAGCGAGGAAUGCGCGAAAGACGGGAAAGGAGAGAACGCCACAGAAGGAGGCGCCGGCAGAGGCGAGAGGGAGGCCUAUCAUCAGUAGCACGGGCAAUGCCAGUUCCUCAGCCUCGCCAAAACAGAAAUAUAUGUACAUCCGCUGUGAGAGAGAGUGGUGGCCAGAGAGCUACGAGGAGGUUUAGUUCCGAUGAACGCCAUCGUCGGGAGCUUGACGGACAUGGAAUGGGCAGGCGGGAAUCGACUGGAAGAUCCCACUGCAGAGAUAGCCGCGAGCGAAGGGCGCCACAGCGCCGACAUUCGUGUCCGACCGCACGAGAUCGGGUGCCCACUGAGCGGAGAACGGGCCCUAGCGGGGAGCGAUCACAUUGGGACAGAAGGCAGCCGCCCCGUGAGAGUAUGCUAGUCUGCGAUGGGAGUGACGAGACACUCGAGAGGAAGAUUGAGAGUGAUUCCACCGACAGCUAUGCAGAUGGCGAUCCAGGGCCAUCAACGCGGAAGGGAAAGGAGCCGGUGAGAAACCAGCAUAAACGGCACCGGAGUGAAGGGAUGGUGCGAAUAGAAAGGGGCCCUCGUCAUAUGCGGUCGUAUAGUGUGGAAUAAGCAUUCAGGGCAUGGGUAGCCCCGAUGUUAUCGCAAGCGGAUUGUGUCUUG